GUGUGGAGAGCACAGAGCGUCUGGAGGAGCCACGCUCGCAUCCUCCUACAGAUCAAACACUUUGGCGCGCACGCAAAAACUAGCACUUGUCUGCAGAAUUUCCACUAAAUGAUGGUUGAUUUUUAAUAAAUCACACUUUGUUUUGCUGUUUUACGUAAAUUGAGGGGAGGUUGGAUGUUGCGCUUCUGGCUUGGAUUAACGCACAAAGAUAAAGGGCGGAUCUGCGCACUGGUGGGAAUUAUGUAAGGUCGGUGUAGGCUCGCAGUCCUCUCGUCUCACACAGCAACAUGAAGUCCGUGUUGGACGCUGUGGCCGACACCACCUUCCGGACUAUCACCUCUGGUUUACAAUACCUCGGCUCCAAUGACGCCAACUACGACGAGCCUGUCAGCGAUGUGGAUUUCAAGGGUGUCUUCUCCGUCCAGAAGCCCCUGUCCUCCUUCCGCAGCAAUGCCUUCCCCGACAAGAUCCCCCCAGACGAGGAGCUGAUCCUCAGGGGCUUCUACCCGACCAACGCCACGGAGCUCUUAUCCAACCGGAGCACGUUCCGGGAUGAGGGCAACAACAUUCAAUGUGGGGAGAACUUCAUGGACAUGGAGUGCUUCAUGAUCCUGACGCCCAGCCAACAGCUGGCCGUGGCUGUCAUGUCACUCACCCUGGGUACCUUCACAGUCUUGGAGAACCUGGUGGUGCUUUGCGUGAUCUUGCAGUCGCGCACCCUCCGCUGCAGGCCCUCCUACCACUUCAUUGGCAGCCUGGCCGUGGCCGACUUACUGGGAAGCGUCAUUUUUGUCUACAGCUUCUUGGACUUCCAUGUAUUCCACCGGAAGGACAGCCCCAACGUGUUCCUCUUCAAGCUGGGCGGCGUCACAGCGUCGUUCACCGCCUCAGUGGGCAGCCUCUUCCUCACCGCCAUCGACCGAUACAUCUCCAUCCACCGACCUUUGGCCUAUAGGCGCAUCGUGACCCGGACCAAGGCGGUCAUCGCCUUUUGCAUGAUGUGGACCAUCUCCAUCGUCAUUGCCGUGCUACCUCUGCUGGGCUGGAACUGCAAACGCCUCAAGUCCGUGUGUUCCGACAUAUUUCCCCUGAUCGACGAGAACUACCUGCUCUUCUGGAUCGGGGUGACCAGCGUGCUGGUUCUUUUCAUCAUCUACGCCUACAUCUACAUCCUGUGGAAAGCACACCACCACGCCGUGCGCAUGCUGAGCCGCACUUCGCAGAAGAGCCUGGUGGUGUACUCUGCAGACGGCACCAAGGUGCAGACCACGCGCCCUGAGCAGGCCCGCAUGGACAUCCGCCUGGCCAAGACCCUGGUGCUCAUCCUGGCUGUGCUGGUCAUCUGCUGGGGUCCUGUGCUGGCCAUCAUGGUCUAUGACCUCUUCUGGAGGAUGGACGACGACAUCAAGACGGUGUUCGCGUUCUGUAGCAUGCUCUGCCUGCUCAACUCCACCGUCAACCCCAUUAUCUACGCCCUGAGGAGCAAGGACCUAAGACACGCCUUCCUCAGCUCGUGCCACGCCUGCAGGGGCAGCGGUCAGCAACUGGACAACAGCCUGGAGUCGGACUGCCAGAACCGCAACGCCAACAUCUCAGCCAACAGGGCUGCUGAGAGCUGCGUGAAGACCACUGUGAAAAUAGCCAAAGUAACAAUGUCCGUGUCCACAGAGACUUCUGCGGAAGCUGUCUAAUUGGCUGUCAGAAGUGGAGGAAAGUGGGUAAAUGUUAUGUUUCUGCCAUUCAACAUAAAAAAAAAACUGAUUUGGAGGAAAAGACAUUUUAGUUAGCUUACAUUAAAGUGGAACAGAGAAGCCAAACUGUCUUUCCUUUGAUGACACGAGCAUGAAAUUUGGCAGAAAUACUCAUUGCGGGGUCGACUUAAUGAAAAAAAAAAAAGUUCAAUUUUCAUGCGCCUCAGGCGGCCACCACUUUGUCCAACACUGCUUUUGCUGUUGAAUAAAAAUAACAUCACAACAGCUCUUGCGCAGAGAGACGAAUGUGACGUGACCAAACCCGGAAACCAGUUUUACUGUAUAACUGCGACAACAUACAUAAAUAUGGGUUAAUACCAUGACGUUUGAACCUAAACUAGAUUAAUUACAUGAUGUUUGAACCAAAGUAGCCCGUUUUUGUUACCAACAUUUCAUGCUCGUAACAUCGACAGAGUGGCCAAAUAUCACAUUGAGCUGCACCAUUAUUAUUGUGUGAGCACAAAGUGUGCCCAAGUGCCAAAUGGUAUUACAAGGUCCAUUAGAUGGGAAGGAAUUCUGCUACUGACUUUCAUGAGAGUCCAAUUAAUGAAUGCAUUUUAUAUUUUUGUACUGUGACUUCAGGUUUUGAAAAUAAUGUAUCUUCAUGUUGGGAACAAGGGGCUACUGACAUUUUGAAUUCCACACAUCUGACUGUGUGCCAUUUGCACCAUGAAUAUACGAAACCUCUCUCCUUCUGUCUGGCUCUGUCUCGCCUUUAAGGCGUUUUCACACUAGCGUCAGCCCAGUGUGAAGAGCAGCACGGCAAGCGCAAAACGGGAGAAGCUACGUUGCCUGACGUAGAAGCUGUCAGGAAGUGAAAAGCGGAAAGCAUAUUUACUAUUGUCCCAAGCACCAAUGCAUUUAUUUUUCAUUGUUGCACAAGAAAACCGUGACUUUUCCUAUUCAUGGAGUAGGGGGCAUUAUAAUAGCCAUGUUAGGAGUUCUAGUAUAGCCGGUGAGAAGGUGAAUAGUUUUUUUGGGUUGUUCGUGAACUACAUUUCCACACAAAUGCACUUUGACGUACCAUUUAGCUUAUCAAGGAAAAGUAUGAGAGUCAUUUUUUGAGCGUCCCAGACCUCGCAAAAUCUUAUCAAGGUUUCGUCUGCCUUGAUUUGCCUGUAUCCGUCCGCCGAAACAGCCUGAUAGCACAGAUAUAUAGUAUAGCCUGGUACUCCAGACUCACCGCUGUUCCAGCUAUUGAGUCUGGCCACUAUUAAGCAGAUAAAAUUUCCAGGGCGGAGCAAGCCACAGCAAACAGACAGUGGAGUGGACCAAUCAGCGACGGGCGGGACGAGGGACUUGCGCGCGGAAGUAAACAUACGAGGAGAGCGGAGUUUGUUCAACAUGGCUAGCGCGAGACAGACUGUUGUCUAUGACUUGUGUCGAUGUGUUUUUGGUCAUUUAAAACUGAUUUUACCGUGGAUUGGAACAUAUUCUCGGCUCGCCUGUUCGCCAUCUGUGUUGUUGUGGAGACGACUUCCGACGCGGAAGAGUGACGUUGCUCGUUAAGAACACGUCACGCAAAUAAACGAAUCUGAUUUGUCGAUUGAUUUUGUACUUGCUCAAGAGGCCGUUAAUGGGCUGAGUCCCAGACUAUUCUCUCAGUGUUUGAAAAACACAGGGAGAACAGUCUGGCCGUGCCAGGCAAAUAUAAGUAUGCCUGCAUCUCCGCUAUUGGAUGCGAAAAAGUCUCUAUUUCUUUAUAAAUUCACUCAAGACUUUCCACUCCAUCCAAAAUGACCGCCGGUGCCGAGAAGUCCCCUCCCACAUACACAAUGAAUGGGUUGCCGUUGAACCCUUCACACUAGGCUGCCGCUAGUCUGAAACGGCCUUUACAAUCUCACAGGCUUUCAUGUACAGACAUUUUCUCUUAUUAGUAGAACGAGUCACUUUUUUUUAUAGAUCUUCUGACAACACUCAGUGAGUGAGUGGCAAGUGUGCAAGUAGCAAGUGAAACGUAACAAUUCGUUCAGUGUGAAAACUAAAAGCACUUCUAACUCGAGAAACAUGUCAACGCAGCUUUUUUGAUUAAGUACUUAAAAAACUAAACAAAUGGUGAUCAUCACCAUCCUAUAAAUGUAACCAUUUGUUUACUUGCUAGCCGUUAGAGAGUGUAGAAUAUCACAUUCAUCAACUGUACAGUGUAUAAUGCUAAAAUAGUGUUGCAAUUAGGGAUGGGCAUUUGACUAUGAAGAAAAAUGAAGAUAAUUUAACAUGUACUUUUAUGGGAUCUGACCAAUUGGACCUCAAACUAAUUAAGAAUGAAUCAACAGCACCUCUACUGGCUGUUGCCAAGCGGUGCGUUGUGUACACAGUAAUCUCAAUUGCUGUCAAUCAACGAUCACUUCUGCACAAUCAAUGAUCAAUCAAAUUAUUAUAUAAUACCCAUCUCUAGUUCAAAUCUAAACACUAAGCUGCAAAGCUUGAGGCAGAAGGUUUGAACAACAAAAGGACACAGUGUGCGGGUCACAACUGUGCAAGCUGCGGUCAUUUUGUGUCUGCUUUUACUAGAAUGUAUGUCUGUGAUGCCUUGUGACUUGGUGAUAUAGUUCCAACCCAAAGCCUUUAAUGAAUCAUUACAGUGAGUUGUAUUUAGUACUACUGUUGAAGCAGGGUGUAGGUUCUUUUGCAGUUAGGUUGUUUAAUUUAAUUUUUUUUAGGCAUAGGAGCCUCCCAUGCACAGGCCUGUAGUGAAGUACUCUUAACGUAAUUGAAAUAUCGUCUGCUAUUCAUUUUACGUGUACAAAUAAAGAAAUGGAUGAAGGAAAUGUACGCACAUACAGAAGAAUUUCAGAACAUUUCCCCCAAAUAAAUAGUCGUGCUUUUUCAACUAAGAAUUUUACAGCACAAACAUUCUUCUUUUUUUUUUUAAAUUGGUGUGACGCUAUCCAUGAGAGCUGUGUACCAGUGAAUGCUUCUGCUGCGUCUUGUAUUCUUGAAUGGUGAAGCUAUAUAUAUUUAAAAAAAAAAAAAAAAAAAAAAAAAUCUGUCAAGUGACUUUCUGUACAGUCGGGACAAAAUAAAGACUCCUUAAAAUGGAAAAAAAAAAAAAAAAAAAAGUCACAACCAGUCAAGUGUUUUUAGUAUUACUGUUUCAAUAAAGUCGCAGAUGAUUGUCAUGUUUUGUGUGAAUAAUUAUUCAUAUU